GUGUGGUUCCAGAACCGGCGUGCUAAGUGGAGGAAGAGGGAGAGGUUUGGUCAGAUGCAGCAGGUCAGGACUCACUUCUCUACUGCCUACGAGCUACCCCUCCUCACCAGGCCAGAGAACUACACCCAGAUCCAGAACCCAUCGUGGCUAGGUGGGGGCAGCGGUGUCUCUCCUGUACCUGGCUGCGUGGUGCCCUGUGACGGGUCAGUCACCUCCUGCAUGCCUCCCCACCCCCACCCACACGGAGGGGUCUCCGACUACCUAGGCGUGCCCAGCCCGGGCGUAGUGGGUCAUGAGGGUCACAUGGGACAGACACACAUGGGAAGUCUCUUUGGGGCUGGGGGAAUGGGCGGAGGGGGUGGAGGUCUCAAUGGUUACGACCUGACCGGUGUCGACCCAGACAGAAAGUCUUCUAGUAUCGCGGCGCUGCGUAUGAAAGCUAAGGAGCACAGCGCUGCCAUCUCCUGGAACACAUGA